UUGCAUUGUGUGCGCCCAAGGCCGUCAGCGCUUUACCUGCCCUGACAUGUUCGGGCUCCCAUUGGCUGCCCAUUCACUUGCCACCAACGAAAAAAUCGGGAGUUGAAAGGGCUGUCACUCACGGUUUGGCCUGCUCGACUCUGACAUCCUCCUCUCUCUCCUCGCCCUCUUUCCUACCGCCUUCUCCGCACCAUACAUCACCUACUCCACUCGCUUUCUGUAUCGAGUGCAGUGCCUUUUUUUUGUACGCCCGCACCCUUAUCGAUAAAGUGGAUUGUUAGCGGGGUUCCUGACGUUGCUGGACACUUUUAAAAUUCUCCCCUCGCCUUCCUCUCCACCACACCCCGUCCACCAAACAGCCAGACGACAACAUGGUUUCCGCCAGCAAAGCCGCCCGUGAUGCCAAGAAGCUCGCUGCGGGCAAGGAGCCCAAGAAGACGGCCGCCUCCAGGCUCAACUCGAAGAACGCGUCCAAGGCAUCGUCGGUCAACGGCGACGAGGACCUCGAGCUGAACGAGGAGGUGCGCAAGCUGACCAUGCAGGAGGACAAGCACGGCCUGUCGGACCGUGUGACGACGGGCGUGCUCUCGUCGCUGCAGACGUCGCGCGACGUCAAGAUCAACUCGGCCUCGCUCGUCUUCCACGGCCGCGUCCUGUUCAACGACGCGACCAUCGAGGUCAACUACGGCCGUCGCUACGGCCUGUUGGGCGAGAACGGCUGCGGAAAGACAACGCUGCUCAAGGCUAUUGACAAGCGCGAGUUCCCCUUCCCCGAGACCAUCGACAUCUACCUGCUGAACCAGGGCGCCCCCAAGACGGAGCUGGGUGCCCUCGAGUGGGUUGUUCGUGAGGCUGAGAACGAGCUGGCUCGUCUGGAGAAGUUGGCUGAGGACAUCCUCGAGCGUGACGGCCCAGAGAACCCCAUCCUCGACGACAUCUACGAGCGUCAAGAGAGCAUGGACCCCUCGACCUUCCACACCCGCGCCUCGCUCAUUCUCACCGGUCUGGGCUUCGACAAGAAGACCAUCAACAAGAAGACAAAGGACAUGUCCGGUGGCUGGCGCAUGCGUGUCGCCCUCAGCAAGGCCCUUUUCGUCAAGCCCGCCCUGCUCCUGCUCGAUGACCCCACUGCCCAUUUGGACUUGGAGGCCUGUGUGUGGCUCGAAGAGUACAUGAAGAAGUGGGACCGCACCCUCAUCAUCGUCUCCCACUCCAUGGACUUCUUGAACGGUGUGUGCACAAACAUGAUCGAUAUGCGCAUGAAGAAGCUCCUCUACUACGGAGGUAACUACGACACCUACAUCAAGACCCGCACUGAGCAGGAAGUCAACCAGACCAAGGCCUACGAGAAGCAGCAAGACGAGAUCAAGCACAUCAAGAAGUUCAUCGCCUCGGCUGGUACCUACGCCAACUUGGUCAGGCAGGCAAAGUCCCGCCAGAAGAUCCUUGACAAGAUGGAGGCAGAUGGUCUGAUUGAGCCUGUUCACCAAGACAGAGUCUUCAGUUUCCGCUUCGCCGAUGUGGAGAAGCUCCCCCCACCUGUGCUUGCGCUUGACGAUGUCACCUUCUCAUACUCUGGCAACGCCGCCGACAACCUGUACGAGAACCUCGACUUUGGUGUCGACAUGGACUCCCGAACAGCCCUUGUCGGGCCCAACGGUGUCGGCAAGUCGACUCUGCUCAACAUCUUCACUGGAAAGCUCAGCCCCACAAGUGGUGUUGUCUCGCGCCACACUCACUUGAAGCUCGGUGUGUACAGCCAACAUUCUGCUGAGCAGCUCGACCUCACCAAGUCUGCUCUCGACUUCGUGCGCGACAGGUUUUCCCACGUCAGCCAAGAUUACCAGUACUGGCGCCAACAGCUUGGUCGUUUCGGUAUGACGGGUGAGGGACAGACUGCGAAGAUGGCUACACUUUCCGACGGCCAGAAGAGUCGUAUCGUUUUCGCUCUGUUGGCCAUCGAGGGGCCCAACAUGUUGCUUCUUGACGAACCUACCAACGGUUUGGAUAUCCCCACCAUUGACAGUUUGGCGGACGCCAUCAACCAGUUCAGUGGUGGUGUCGUUGUCGUUUCUCACGACUUCCGAUUGCUCGACAAGAUUGCCAAGGACAUUAUGGUCUGCGAACACAAGACUGUCCGACGCUGGGACGGCACUAUCGGCGAGUACAAGGGUCACCUGCGCAAGAAGAUGACAUCGACUGGUAUCCUAUAAACGGGAUGUCGAGAGUCUGUUUGCAAAAGAUAUGCGUCUUCUGAGCUGCGGGACGUGGGUACGAAGCAACAGCGACCGCCUUGGAGCAGGGCUUUUGAUAGCUCUGCGGUAGGCUGGCAGCUCCGCGGGUCCUGCUUCAGUGUCUGUCUGCGUCGGUGGAGACAUCUGGAUUUCUGCGUUAUGAUGCAU